CUCAGUCAAUUUUUACACCUUGCUUAAGUCAUACCUUUCAUUUAUAUAAUCAUGGUACUGUCGAUGGAACGUUGGAAAGGCAAAGUGGCCAUUGUGACUGGUUCCAGUGUAGGAAUUGGUGUCGCCAUUGCUGAAUCACUGGUGAACGAGGGUCUAGUGGCACUAGGUCUAGCUCGGCGAUCCGAAAAAGUCGAAGAACACGCGAAAAAACUUGCAGGCAAAAAAGGCAAACUGUAUGCCUUCAAAGCCGAUAUUUCCAAAGAAGAAGACAUCCUCAAAGCAUUCAAAUGGGUUACCGAAAAUUUAGGCCCGGUCCACAUUUUAAUCAAUAACGCCGGUAUAGUCCAACAAACCAACCUAGUUGAAGGAGACGCAGAAAAAUGGAAGAAAAUUAUCGAUACCAACGUCAUCGGUUUGUCAAUAGCCACAAGAGAAGCAGUAAAAAUCAUGAAACAAAACAAAAUUGACGGCCACAUUAUUCACAUCAACAGCACAUUAGCUCACAGGAUUUCUUACCAACCCUUCGCAAAUGUAUAUCCGGCUUCAAAGUACGCCGUUACGGCUUUAACUGAAACUCUUAGGCAGGAGUUGAAUCAUUUUGGACUUAAAAUAAAAAUUACGAGUGUUAGUCCCGGAAUAACCACCUCCGAACUGGGACAAACUAAUAACUUUGUGGUCGACGAAAAUCUGAUGAAAGAGUUUGAAAAAAUUCCGAAACUAGAUGCUGAAGAUAUCGGUGACGCUGUAGUUUAUGUACUGUCUACGCCACCACACGUUCAGGUGCAUGAACUAAUGGUUCAGCCAAUUGGAGCAGAUUAACAUAGAUUUUUUUUUCAUUAAUUUUGUUCAUGAUUGUGACCAAAUAAAAAAAUAUAUGUAUAUAUAUA